GAGACAAGCCCUGAGAAGGCAAAUGGACUGCCUAAAGCUACACAGGUCAGCGGGGCAGGUAAAUCUAAAUUGGCAAAGUAAGGGCUGAGCGAACAGACUCCGACACUAGAAGGCAGAGCUGAACUAACUUCUGCUAAGGUCCCGCCUCUGCCGCUUUGUCCCGCCCUUAUCUUCUCCCCUCCUCCAGCGCCUCAUUCCCUUUUCGCUCGCCCCGGCCGUGCUGAAGCAACUUCCGCCCUGAGAAGGGUGGGGCUUCCGUCUCCCGCUCUCGCGACUCCCGGCGGUGAAGGACGGAAGAUGAUAGCCACAUUUCUUCCUCGCCCUUCCCCUAGGUUCCCUGUCACAGUUCCGCCCUUACUACUCCCACUUCCGGCGAGGGAACAGCCACUUCCACCCGGAAAAAGGGUUGUUCCGCCGUGGGGCGCCAGCUGUGGCCCACCCAUCCUGCCCCGUACUUUCGCCAUCAUAGUCUUCUCCACCACUGUUCCUUCCAGCCACGAACAACGCAAACGAAGCCAAGUUCCCCCAGCUCCGAACAGGAGCUCUCUAUCCUCUCUAUUACACUCCGGGAGAAGGAAACGCGGGAGGAAACCCAGGCCUCCACGCCCGACCCCUUGGCCCUCCCCUUUACCUCUCCACCCCUCACUAGACACCCUCCCCUCUAGACGGGGACGAAGCCACUUUCGCCCUGAGAGAGGCGGAGCCUCAGCGUCUACCCUCGCUCUCGCGAGCUUUCGGAACUCUCGCGAGACCCUACGCCCGACUUGUGCGCCCGGGAAACCCCGUCGCUCCCUUUCCCCUGGCUGGCAGCGCGGAGGCCGCACGAUGCCUGGAGUUACUGUAAAAGACGUGAACCAGCAGGAGUUCGUCAGAGCUCUGGCAGCCUUCCUCAAAAAGUCCGGGAAGCUGAAAGUCCCCGAAUGGGUGGACACCGUCAAGCUGGCCAAGCACAAAGAGCUUGCUCCCUACGAUGAGAACUGGUUCUACACGCGAGCUGCUUCCACAGCGCGGCACCUGUACCUCCGGGGUGGCGCUGGGGUUGGCUCCAUGACCAAGAUCUAUGGGGGACGUCAGAGAAACGGCGUCAUGCCCAGCCACUUCAGCCGAGGCUCCAAGAGUGUGGCCCGCCGGAUCCUCCAAGCCCUGGAGGGGCUGAAAAUGGUGGAAAAGGACCAAGAUGGCGGCCGCAAACUGACACCUCAGGGACAAAGAGAUCUGGACAGAAUCGCCGGACAGGUGGCAGCUGCCAACAAGAAGCAUUAGAACAAACCAUGCUGGGUUAAUAAAUUGCCUCAUUCGUAAUCCUGGUCUGGGUCUCUUUUUUGAGUCUCUUGCUCUGUCGCCCAGGCUGGAGUGCAGUGGCGCCAUCUCAGCUCACUGCAAUCUCCGCCUUCUGGGUUCAAAUGAUUCUCCUGCCUCAGCCUCCCAAAGUGCUGGGAUUACAAGUGUGAGCCACUGCGCCUGGUCUGGUUUGGGUCUCUUGAUUGUUCUUCAGGGGCAUGAGGAAGAGGCGCUUCCUCCCUUCCCUUGGGUGAGGGGGCCCAGGGUGAUUGGGUGGCUGUGUACCCGGCAGCCAGUCGGGCCUUCCCAGGUCAAACAGUUCCCAUCUGGGUUUGGAGGAAGGACCCAGGGGCCCUUGUGGCUCACUCCCCCACAUCCUGUCUUUGCAAUUGUCAGAAAGUGAGAAACGAAAGGAUGGCUGUGAGCUGUGACCUCAGCUGGGCCUGGGCUGCAGAGGUGGCUUCCGCUGGAGUAAAGCAAGAGGGCCCAGGGUUCAUGCUCUUCCCUGGAAGGUAGAAAAGGACAGACCACCAGGGAGCCUCCACCGCAAACUGACCUGUGCUGCCUACACAUUAACUUUCCUGGGCCUGCACAGGCUGAAUGGUCCUUGAGCCUUCACUCUGCAUCUGAGCGGUCUUGGGCCCGCUGAGUGGCAGUGGCAGGAAGUCGGUGGAAGCAGAUCCCUGUGCAGAAGUUGAAUUCCCAGGGCGGCCACACACGGGUUGCACAACCUUUGCAGUCGUGCACGGCAAGUGGGAUGUGGCCUCCGCCCAUGAUUGGGCACCUGGUCAGGCUGGGAGAUCCAAAUAGCACCCAGUGGGCAGCUGUCCAACCCCUGGAGGGGCAAGCCAGGAAAGAAACUUAGUGCCCGCUGUGACCAGAUGUCCCUCCCAGUUGGGAAGACUAAACUGGUUUGGCCAAUAUCUCCCAGGAUUCCCCUGUCCAAAUUAUUCCUGGGAUCUGACCCAUUUCCUGGAAAGGGGCGAGCCUGGGUUUUGAAGUUCAAACUAGAGUUUAAAUCACAACUCUGCCCCUAAUCCCAUGUAACCCUGUGCACCUUAUCCUCUGAGCCUUCGUCUCCUCGUGUGUAAGCCUGCUAACUCCUGAGAGACUGGACAAGAUGCUGUGGAGAGCCUUGGCUCUGAGUAGCUCUGCUGCUGGACAGUUCAGUUGGCAGUCCCCAAAAGUAAGGCGUUAAGAGUUUAAGAAGUAUCGGCCAGGCACAGUGGCUCACACCUGUAAUCUCAACACUUUGGGAGGCCGAGACGGGCUGAUCACCUGAGGUUGGGAGCUUGAGAACAGCCUGACCAACAUGGAGAAACCCUGUCUCUAAAAAUACCAAAAUUAGUUGGGCAUGGUGGCGUGCACCUGUAAUCCCAGCUACUCAGGAGGCUGAGGCAGAAGAAUCGCUCGAACCCCGGAGGCGGAGGUUGCAGUGGGUUGAGAUCGAGCAAUUGCAAUCCAGCCUGGGCAACAGAGUGAGACUCCAUUUCAAAAAAAGAAUCAAUAAAAAUGUUAAAAGCA